AUGGACCUUCCACCGCCGCCGCCGCCGCCACCACCACCACCUCCUCCUCCACCACCACCGCCACUGCCAUCUUUCUUGCCGCCUCCACCGCCCCCUCCUCCUCCUGCUUCAGCUCCUCAAAACGUGACGUCACCCGAGCAGUUGGCAACGAUCCAGAGUGCGCUCUCCAGUCUGACAUCUACCCUCGAGAAAGGUAGAUGCUUGGAGACGGAAAUGGAGGCGACAACCAUGAUGGCAGCAUCUCUAUUGAAGUACUCCCCGGCAAACAAGAACGAAUCCUCUGCUGUUGAUGUCUCUACCAUGCCAGGAGGAGUCCGAGAUGCCUGGACUGUGGUGUCCGACACGAGUCUCCAAAAGACUUCUACUAGUACUACCGCGGCUAUUGGCAACAAUAUUAUUCUAGAUGCCUCGAAACAGCAAGAUCAGGAAUUGCCAUUGGGACGAGGACAAUUGGCAAAAGCUGUCCACAUGACGGCGCUCGCCAAGUGUCUGCAACGAGAGGCAGAUUUGGCACAGUCAGUCAAGGAGCAGCGAGAAAAGGAAGGAACCACACUCAAACGGGCACUCACCACGGCAAAGGCCACCCUACCCAACUACGGAACGGCAUGGCUACAGGUAUUUGACGAACGACUGCAACAAAUCCAGUCCUAUCAUGCCAGGCAUGAAAUGGCAGAAGAACGCUUGUUGCACGGAAACGCAAAGAGACAAAAGCUGGGAAAUCCUGCCACGGAUGGAUAUGACUUGGCUUCCACUGUCCAUGAAACUCUGGCUCCGAUUCAGAAUGGAUCUCUCUUUAACGAGGAAGAAGUCAUGGGAAAAUAUCUAGACUUACAGCCAAUCUAUGCAUCUGCUGCCGUAUUUCUCAAACGACUGGCCAAACACAAUAAUAAUCCUGCCACUACAACAACAAUUUUGGUGGAUACUUCCUUUACGUAUCCCGAUUUUCUCGCAUUCCUCACCAGGGGACCCUUGUCCAAGACGGCAAUCGAAGCAGAUAAACUCAAAGAUCGAAAACAUUAUGUACGAUUUCUGGGAGCCACGCAAAGCUAUCUCGAAGGAUUCAUUCACAAGGUAUCGCCACUCUUCAAAAUUCAAGACAUUGUGAAACCAUCGAUUGAGGAUUUCGAAACGCAAUGGAAAGCCAAAGGAGGAGUCGAUGGAUGGGAAGCAAAACCAGCAGAAGCCAUCAUGGUAGAAAUAACAACGACAACAACGGCAACCAAAGAUGGGGCAACCGACGACGACGACAAACAGGUUGUGGGAAUUGACUUGGCACCCUAUGACUCGGCGGCAGCCUUGGAAAAAGCCGUCGAUGGCGAUCAACUCAAGGCAGAAUUGUCACGGCUGGGAAUGAAAUGUGGUGGAACCACUGCGGAUAGAGCAAAACGUCUCUUCAUGACGAAGGAUACUCCUCUCGAGAAGCUACCCAAAAAGUUGUUUGCCAAGAAAAAGGCGUCCAACAAUGGCGAAAAAGCAACAACAUCCGCAAGUGCGGUUGUCGCAUCCAAAUCCGAACGACGAGUCGAUAUUGCACGAAGGGAAACCAUUGUCAUGGCGCUCUUGGAUCACUUGCGGCCGUCAUUGGAGGCCACUUUGCGGCGUCUAGAGCGCCGACAGGCACAGACACUCAAUGAACGAGACCAGGAGCUAGAGGAAGAAUUGCACGGAUCGGCACUCGACGACAAAACUAAAUCGGAGGGAGACAAGGAAAAGAAUGAAAACGAUAGCGAUGACGACGAUGACGAGGAUGCUCCAAUCUACAAUCCAAAGGGAGUGCCACUGGGCUGGGAUGGCAAACCCAUUCCCUAUUGGCUCUUCAAGCUACAUGGGCUCAAUCACUUUUACAAUUGUGAAAUUUGUGGUAAUGAAUCUUACCGCGGCAGAAAGAAUUUUGAGCUUCAUUUCACAACCGAACCCAAGCAUGCCUAUGGCAUGAAAUGUUUGGGCAUUCCCAACACGAAACACUUUCACGGGGUCACCAAGAUUGAAGAUGCUCAAGAUCUUUGGAAGAAACUCCAAGGGCAGCUUGAAGAAGGCAAAUUCAAAGAGGAGGAAUACGAGGAUUCUCAUGGAAACGUGUUGUCUCGUGCUGCCUACGAGGAUCUUGCGCGACAAGGGUUGCUCUAG